UCCUGCUAUUUGAAUCGCAAAGAGAAACAUUUAAAAUUUCAACUGGAACAUUAUUUAAUUAAAUUAAUGGAAAUAGUUGUUUCCGAGUCUAAUAGGAUAUCAUACGAGCAACGGGAAUUAGCCCUUGAAGCUAUAGUAAGAUUGUGGAGAAUACCCGGUUUACCCGCUGAGUUAUAUUUAAAUUACGAUUGUGGGCUUUACUGCACGAAUUUGUACGAAGAACUUAUGAAAAUGUUUUCUAAGAAUGUUUCUCUACCAAUAACUAAUGGUAUGCACACCAUACAAUUGAUAUCCUUGGACGCCAUAAUAAUGCUGAUCAUUGGCAUGAAGAUUCGUUGUAAAGGCGAGUUGUGCAAGCCAUCGCGUCACGAAGCGUCAUUAAAUCUACCUACACGGGAAGACUUGCUCGCUAUAAAAGCAAACAAGCGGUGGUUGGUUCUUGGCACGGAGAAAUUUAAUGAGAAUCCACGGGAAGGUAUAGCGAAACUUACGGAACACGGUCUCCUAGGUGGUACUCCCGGUCAUUCGGAUCCCGAAAAAGUCGCAAAACUUCUAAGAGAGUAUCCUGGUUUGGAUAAGAAAGCGAUCGGCGAAUACAUCAGCAAGAAAGAAACAAAAACAUUCUCAAUUAUUUCGUGCAUAAUUUCGAUUUAAGAAAUACCCGAAUCGAUCAAGCGCUGCGACUUUAUUUGGAAUCGUUCAGAUUACCCGGGGAAGCUCCUCUUAUAUCUCUUUUACUCGAGAAAUUUGCCGAGCAUUGGCAUGUGAGUA